CAGAAAGCACAUUUCAGCAGCAGCAGUAGCAGCAGCAGCAACCACCCUCACAACCAUGAACACCCUGAUCGUUCUGAGCGCCGUCCUGGCCGUGGCAGUGGCUACCCCUGGCUACCUGGGUGCCGCCCCCGCCGCAGUCGUCGCCCCCGCCGCGUACGCCGCCCCCGCGGUGGUGGCCGCCCCCGUGCACGCCGGCUACGCCGCCUACGGCCCCGCCCCCGGCGCCGUGCGCUCCGACGGCUACCUGCUCGACACCCCUGCCGUCGCCGCCACCAGGGCCGCCCACCUGACCGCCGUCGCCCAGACUCAGGCCCGCGACGCCGUCAUCAACGGCGCCGCCCUCGCCUACGCCGCUCGCGCUUACGCCGCCCCUGCUGUGGCGUAUGCCGCCCCCGCCCCUCUGGCCUAUGCCGCCCCCGGUGCUCUUGCCGCCGCCGCCCACCUCCACGCUAAGGCUGCUCUCCUGGGCUGAAAUGUCUUCCUGUACUUCUACUCCUUCACUAAAAUAAAGAAAACCUAAAAAAAAAAGUGUUUCAUU